AUGUGGAAGAAGUUUUUCAAAAAGUCGGUCAGUCGUAAAGGCAACGCCAAAAGUCUGAUCCACGGAGACAAAAAGGAAGGAAAUGAACAAGAUUGCCGUAUUGGUGAUUUGCAGAGUGCACUAAGCAGUGCUGUGCAGAAUGGACAACUUGACCUCAUCCAAAAACCAAUCGGUAAAGGAGCCGAGGUGAAUAACAGCGGAAAUGACGCUUCAGUGAAUGGUCAUCUUGAUGUCGUCAAAGAAUUAAUCAGUCAAGGUGCUGAGGUGAAUGAAGUUGAAAAGGACGGAUGGAUCGCUUUACAUUUGGCAGCACAGAAUGGUCAUCCUGAUGUCACCAAAUAUCUCAUCAGUCAAGGAGCCCAGGUUAAUUACAUCGCAAAUGACGGUUUGACCCCAUUACAUUUGGCAGUACUAAAUGGUCAUCCUGAUGUUACCAAAUAUCUCAUCAGUCAAGGAGCCCAGGUGAAUAACAGCAAAAAUGACGGUUUCACCUUAUUGAAUUUGGCAGCACAGAAUGGUCAUCCUGAUGUCAUUAAAUAUCUCAUUAGUCAAGGAGCCGAGGUGAAUAACCGCGAAAUUGACGGUUGCACUGCAUUGCAUCAAGCUUCACAAUAUGGUCAUCUUGAUGUCGUCAAAGAAUUAAUCAGUCAAGGUGCUGAGGUGAAUGAAGUUGAAAAGGACGGAUGGAUCGCUUUACAUUUGGCAGCACAGAAUGGCCAUCCUGACGUCACCAAAUAUCUCAUCAGUCAAGGUGCUGAGGUGAAUAAAGGUGGUAAUUAUGGUUUGACCCCUUUACAUAUAGCUGCAAUGAAUGGUCAUCCUGAUGUCACCAGGUACCUGAUCAGACUAGGAGCUGAUGUUGAUAAGGCUUGUGACAGAGGAUGGUCAGCCUUAAACCUUGCCACAGCUGCUGGUCAUGUUCGUGUUUCAAGUGCUUUGCUUAGUCAACAAGCUGAGCUGACCACAUCAAAUAUGAUUCAUUGGACGGAGUUACAUACCUUUGCAGAGACAGGCGAUCUUGAUGCCAUAAAAGAUCAUGUCAGUCAAGGAGCCGAGCUGGAUGAAGCUGGUUCUUUUGGUUGGACAGCCUUACAUAUUGCAGCAAGUAAUGGACACCUUGGUAUGACAAAAUAUUUGCUAAGUCAAGGAGCUGAUGUGAAUUAUAGCAACGACUUUGGUAGGUGUGCCUUGCAUAGUGCCUCAGAGAAAGGGAAUUUGGAUGUCGUGGAAUAUCUGAUCAGUGAAGGGGCCGAUAUGAACAAAGGAAAUGACCUUGGAGUGACUGCCCUACAGUUUGCAUCAGAGUCUGGCCAUUUAGAUAUCGUCAAAUCCCUAAUCAGCCAUGGAGCUGAGGCAGAUAAUUGCGACGCAGAUGGAAUCACUGCUCUCCACUAUGCUAUAUGUGCUCGUAAGAUCGACAUUACGAAGUAUCUGCUUAGCCAAGGCUCUAAACUAAAUAAGAGAAGUGUGCGUGACUCUGUCAUCUUAAAAUUUGAUGGACAGUAUGGUCACUAUGAUGUUGUGCGAUGUAUGCAGAGUAAUGUAGGUCGUACAGAUAGCAGACUCGUUGAUUCUUUCACUGUCUUUAGAGGUGCUCCAGAAGGUGAUCUUGGAAGAAGCAAAUAUCAAGAUGGCGAUGAGAAAAAGACAGUUCAAGGUGGAAUGGUUAUGGUGCUUAUGUCACUUAUAUCGUCUGAUCUUGACAUUCAAGAUAUUCUUGCAAGUCAAGGAAGCAGAACAGUUGAACUCACAUCAUUACAAUAUGCUGUAGAAGGUGGCUGUCUUGCUGUUGUUCGGUAUCUGAUGAGCCAAGGAGCUGAUGUGAACGAAAGCAAUAAUAUUGACUGGAGUGCUCUUCACUUUGGUGCGCAAAAGGGGCAUCUUGAUAUUGUAGAUUAUCUACUUGGACAAGGAGCUGAAGUAGCCAAAGGAGACAUUGAUGAUAUCUCGCCUUUGCAUGUUGCUGCAUUUGUUGGCCAUUGUGACGUUACCGAGCAUUUGCUUAGGCAAGGAGCAGAGGUCAACGGAGCCACCAAGGAGAAAGGUUCUACAGCCCUACAUGUCGGAGUGCAGAAUGGUCAUCUCGAUAUCACAAGAUGCUUGCUCAACCACGGAGCCGAAAUUGAUGCGACAGACAAUGACGGUUGGACUCCCUUGCACAUUGCUGCUCAGAAUGGUCACAUCGAUGUAAUGAAGUGUCUACUUCAGCAAUUUGCAGAUGUAAGCAAAGUUACCAAGAAGGGAUCAUCUGCAUUACAUUUAUCUGCUGCAAAUGGACACACCGAUGUCACAAGAUGUCUAUUGGAGCACGGAGCUGAAUUUAAUUUGAUUAAAACUGGUCAGACUGCGUUGCCACUCGCUGCAGAACAAGACCAAGUGCAUGGGACAAGUCCAGAUACGUGGUGUGCUGAAGAGCAGAAACAUCCUUCUUUCCCAAAUGGCCAUGCAAAUACUGAGGGUUUAACAGAAGAUGGGAAGAAGGUUGUUGGACAACAUUCUGAGAAAGGCUGCACACCAGUUCAUUUAGCCACGCAAAAUGGCUACACCUCCAUCAUCGAGACAUUAGUUUCUCAUGGCGCCGAUCUCAACAUCCAGUCCAUCGACGGACAGACCUGUCUUCACGAAGCCAUCAGACGUUGUGGUAGGAAGGACAGCAAAGUUGAAGCAACACCACCACUCCAAAAGAUCUCUGAAGAGUUCUAUCAGAAUGAGUUGUCUGCCAAGAAGGCCUUGGUCUUCUUUCUCUUGGACCACGGAGCAAAGCCGGACAUCAAGGAUAACCAUGGCAACCUACCAGUCCACUAUGCCAAGGAUGAAAUCAUUCGCCAGAUGAUAUUCUCAAGGUCUCCUGCCAUGGACAUCAUCAGAGCUUAUCGAGCAGGAAAGACGGCGCCUCCAGUGGUCAACGCCGUCUCUGUUCAGGUCGGAUAUGAAGGUAAAGAGCUCAAACUGCAACACCAUGGCAUUGCAAUGUCUAUCCCACCUGGAGCUGUCGAACGGAAUGAAUCUUGCAAGGUCACUCUCACCCUUGUGAGGGACCUCUUCAGUGUUGACAUCCAAGAUGACACACCAAUGGCUGCAUACGGGAUCAGGUGUGACCCACCAAACAUGGUCUUCCACCAGCCUGUUAAGAUCAUGAUACCACAUUCCACCAUAUUCAUCAACCCUGAGCAAGUGAUACCAGACAUCGUCUCACAUAUUUGGGAUGCAAGAAAGGGUUUACCAAGAGUUUCGAGGACAAAAUCAUCUGAUGCACCUGACAAAUUGCCGUUCUGCAAAGUCCUGGAGAGACAUCUUGAGCUGCACAUCGAUCACUGUGCCGAGUGGUGGGUUCUUAUCCCUCUUGAACAACAGAUCAUCCAGCUUCAAUUCAUGUGUACCCCAUACGUACCGGACAAGAUUGAACGAGGCAAAGAGUUUGAUGUUCAUCUCCACCUGAAUGCAGAUAUCCCGGGCAUAGAAAUGGAAGUACAAAAGGAGGAGAAGCAGAGUUCAUACCACAAUGCACAUCGCUCCUUUCCGAUCUCUAUCGAAGCUAAAUCCGGUGACAUUUCAGUGACUUGUGACGGUGAAGGCAAGAUGAGCAACACUAAGCUACUUUCUUUGAAGGAUAUUCACAGCCAAAUGAGACACAGCGUAUUGCUAUCAAUUACUCCUGACGAGGGUGAUGCAGAAUUCUUAGUCAUUUACGUGACGAUUUCACAGGCUGGAAGACAAGGGAUGUCUCGAUCGAUGGCGUUCGUCAUCAGAUAUACAGAUGACUCGACAUGCCAAGUAUCUACUGAGCCCUCUUCAUUUAUUCGGGCUGUGGAAGAGCUCUCCGGCAGUGACCUGCCCGACAUUGAUGUUAUCACGAUAGCUCAGAUGAUGACGGUGAACCAGUUCUAUGAUUUGGGAGUGGCUCUUGGUUUUACCAUACAACAGUUGGAUGUCAUAGAAUACAGGAGGUUCCGUGACAGACAGCAGGCCAUCUAUGACAUGCUGGUGACAUGGAGAAAGAGACAGGCCUCCGGCCGAGACGCAAAGGACACGCUUCUCUCGCUCAUGAAAUCUUUGGACACGCCAGCCGAACAGACAGAGAUUCCAGGUCAGUUGAAUGGCACUUGCUCUUGCAUCAAUCGCUCUGCGGUAAUUUCUUACAAUUCUCGCUACCCUAAAUAG